CAAAUACAACCAUUGGUUUGAUGGACUUGCUCUGUUGCAUCGGUUUGACUUUGACAACGGUGUUGUAAAAUAUCAUAGCAAGUUUCUGAGAAGUGAUUCGUACGUACAGGCUUUAGAGCAAAACAGGAUCGUUAUUUCAGAGUUUGGUACAGCAGCAACACCAGAUCCUUGUAAAACCGUAUUUCAAAGAUUUGUGUCUCAUUUCAAACCUUCACCCGAGGAAAUAGCGUCAGAUAACAAUAUCGUUUCUAUAACCCGAAUAGGAGAUGGUGUGUAUGCUGCAAAUGACACUGUGAUUUUAAGAAGGAUAGAUCACAACAGUUUGGAUACCAUUGAGAGGGUGGAUAUGAGCAAACUGAUCACUAUCCAUACAUCUACUGCGCAUCCGCACACCAUGCCAGAUGGAACUUAUUACAACAUUGGAAUCAACUUCAAGGCAGGCUGCUAUCACGUCAUUGAGAUAGCUCCGGAUUCAAAGAAGGAUGACCCAGUUGAAGGUGCAAAAAUUCUUCAUACUAUACCAAUGGAAAGUCGCAUGCACCCUGCAUAUUUUCACAGUUUCAACAUGUCUGCCAACUAUAUUAUAUUCCACGAGCAGCCAUUGAGGUUUAGUAUGUUUAAAGUAAUGACCUGGAAACUCUUCAAGUCGGGGGUGGAUGCCUUGAUGUCGUUUCACAAGAACCUCAAAUCAAAUUUCCACGUCUGUGACAAGAGAACGGGUGAAGUCUUGCCAUUGAAAUUCGUAUCCGAACCAUUUGUCCACUUUCACGUUAUCAACUCAUACGAAGAAAGUGGACAUUUAAUCAUUGACUUGUGUGGGGCUGGUGAUUCAUCAGGAUUCGACACUCUGUAUCUGGCCUAUCUUAAAGGAAUUAAAGUGGACGAUGAAGAAAGCUACAAAAACAGUAAGCUGUCCAAAGCCCAACGAUCUUGGCCCAUACGAUUCGUCAUACCUCUUGAUGUAACGAAGGAAAGUCCAAAGAAUACGAACUUGAUCACUUUGGCAGGAACAACAGCCACUGCAAUGUUAAAGAAAGACGGAAGUGUGUACCUUACCUGUGAAUCCCUUAUUCCCGAGGACCUCCGAAGCAAGACAUGCGGAAUGGACUUUCCACAAAUAAACUAUAACUUUUACAAUGGAAAACCGUACCGUUAUUGCUACUUCACUGGGUUUCCAGAAUUUGUUAUCCCGCCUGAUAAAUUGAUCAAGCUCGAUGUUAAAACAAAAACUACACAGAUUUGGCAAGAAGAUGAGUGCUAUCCAUCUGAGCCUAUGUUUGUUCCUGCCCCUGAUGCUACAAGAGAGGAUGAAGGAGUUGUGUUGUCAGUUGUCAUCAGCCCAAACAAAGACAAGCCAACGUUUGUCUUAGUGUUAGACGGAGAAAGUUUUAAGGAAGUUGGAAGAGCGUCAAUCCCAUGUGAUAUCCCUCUAGGAGUGCACGGAACUUUCAUUUAACCAUUGUUCGUCAUCAGUCAGAUGAGCACGCAAAGGACGAUGCUAAGCUGGCAAUGAUUGUACAUUAAUUUAGCUUGAAAUGACGAUUUCCGAUUUAUAUGAUGAUCAUGACAUAUCGAUAAGACGAUAUACAGUAUUAACUAACAGAGCUAGAUUUUCAGGUAUAACUCAAUCAUAUUUAUAAAGUUGAAUAUCAAAGAUAACCGAAAUAUAAUUGAGUUUGCAAAACCGAGUUGGUCUUUGGAGCCCGGGGUU